AUGAAGAUUUUCAACGCAGUAAUUCUAUGUCUCUUCGCUAGUAUUCAGGUAGCUAUUGCUGAUACCAGUACUUCUAUACUCUCAUCAUGUACAAUUCGGUACUCGACCAAGUCUGUUUCCGUAGUUAAAACCAUCACAACACGCAGAGCCGAGUAUUUCUACGCUUUCAAUACUUUCACUAGACCUCCUCCAACAACAAUUACAGUCACCCUUCCUGCCAAACAAACAAUAUACACCACUACCCAAACAACUGUUCCUGCAGCAAUUAAAGCUAGGGCUACAGAUCCUGUAGUUCUCGGUGUUGACGAAGCCUCUAAGAAGCCUCGAAAGCUCCCUGACGGUGCGUCGCGUGGAGUUUCUCUUCCAAGAAUUGUACCUAACAGGUUCAAUUUUCGAUCUCUGUCUGCAAAGACUUUGUACCCCUAUGUGGUAUACUGUGUAUACGAGAUCAGACGAGUCUCAAUCACGACAGUUACGGGUGCGCAACAAACAGUGAAACAGACUAUCACCCCGAGAUACACAACGAAGACGGUGACUGAAACUGUAACGGCAUAA